AUGCCUCACGCAACUGAGUCAUUGAAUCUACCUAACGCACCUUCCGCCUCGUCGCCCAUUCCAAUUCCGGGCUCGACUACCUCGUACGUUCGUACUUCCACCUCCUCGUACGAUCCAACCACCACUCCUACAAACAUGUCCGAUUAUGUCGUUGCGACAAAAGAGAGUGCCAACUAUGAUCAAUUCAAUUGUGCAAAUUUUUCUACAGACGAUAUCUCCAUGUCUCUUCAGCCCGAAGGAAGGGCCUAUUACUGCUACGAUUAUAGUAGAUGUUGCAACGAGGAGAUCAACAAUAUACACGAUUUCCUUCAGCAUACUGACACUCGUCAUCCAGGAUUGUAUGUCGACCCAAAUCACGGAAUCAUGUCGUUCGACGCAAGCUCCAUAUAUUCUCAAUCACGCCUACAUGCCAUUCCCUUCUAUUCACUGAUGCCCGCAGUUUCCGCAUCACAUGAUCUAAAGAUCUCGGAAGAUCAUAAUAAUAGGGUUAACAGCGGUAGUCACUUUUCUACCUCCAUUUCCAAGCAGAAGUUCAUUGCUGAAGACGCGACGUGUGAUAAGGAUUUGAUUUUGACCUACCACCAACUACAAUACCCAUUACGUGAUCCCAACGUAACUGCUACCACAUUCCUCGGUGGGCAAACUUCUGGUCCUUCCUCCAUUUGUGCAGGUUACGAAGAUGAUGACCCUUCGGUACUGGACCUAAAUAGCAAUUCAUUCCACACCGAUCAUGAUCCUUUAUUCAUGAUUCCGUCUCCACCUUUGUCCCUCUCAUCCUGCCCAACAACACCCGUCUUCUUACAAUCUACUGUCUCUUCUCCCUUGGGACUGGAAAAUGUCGGUAUUCCAGCAUAUACGUCGAUAGUGUCUUCAGAAAAUUCUGCUACAUCAGCUUUAGGGCAAACCGCGUCACCUUCACACGUUAAUUGUGGCACAAAUACAAAUGAUCAACGCGGAGCUCCAACACCCGUGGAUCCAUCCAACACCGGAUCUGAAAACUCAACUAUGCCAACUUUAAAUCGUCAAUCAUCUUAUGACUCGCACGCGCCGACCUAUUCAACGUCUUCCCUAGAAAAGAAUGGCCAGAAUCGACGUACAUCCUUGAAGCCGAUUAAAAGUCAGUCGACUACUUACGGAUCAUUGACGAUACCAAAUGAGAAAUUAACAACCGAACGCGAUGGACGACGAGAUUUCUCGUCAUCAAGGACGACCGGUCCAUUAAAAAUGGAAAAACCCAUCUCUCCUGCCUCAACGUUGCCAUCAAAUGUCCAUUCCGCUGCUUUUAUGAUGACAACGGCCAAGACUUCUGAUCAAGCGCGCGGUCCACACGCAUCUCUGAGGCCUCAUGCAAAAAUGACUUCCUCGAUCGAUAACACAACGUUGACACCAUUCAUCCCUCCAAUACAUCCCUCACCCUAUUCGAUGACUCCAGUCGACGGUUAUCCUUUGGUUGAAUAUAUUUCUGGACAGACAAGCUCGAAUCCAGCGAUGGCGAAAUAUCAGAGGAUUCAACCAAAAACUGGAAUUUCGGUUUCGAUGGCAGACGUAUACACGGAUCCUUCACUCGGUUGUUCCACAGGUUCUUCUCAGGGUAACAAGAAUUCAAAGAAACGAGGUGUAUCUUCCUCGUCAGAAGCAAACAAACAGAUUAAAAGGAGGGCUUCCAAGUCCUCUGAAAAACCAUUUGAAGCUUCCCAUGCUUCUGUUAUAACAGACGAGCCCAUUAGUCUGACUUCUCGAGAAGAUACAGACAAAUAUCCUCACAAGUGUAGUGUGGCCGGAUGCCCGAAAGUGUACAAGAAUGCCAACGGACUUAAAUACCACAACGAGCACGGUCACGUCCCUCAGAGUAGUAACGGAGCUAGGGAAAAACCUUGGCCUUGCCGCCUUCCGGAUUGUCAAAAAGCUUAUGGUAGCAAGGGCGGUCUAACAUAUCACAUCAAUCAUAGUAUGUUUAUUUAA